CAGCGGAAACGCUUCUUCCGACGCGACAAGGUCUAGGGCUGCUCGCCGUUUCGUCCACGCAUCUGGCGUACAUCGCCCAUUCACGUCCCCUUGAGCGCACAAUGCCUGACCUCAAAGGAAAAGUGGCCCUGAUAACUGGCGCCUCGGCCGGCAUCGGCGAAAGCACGGCUAAGCAUUUCGCCUCCCUCGGCUGUUGGCUCUCCCUGACUGGGCGGAACAAGGCUAAUCUGGAGAGAGUGGCUGAAGCUUGUUGCGCACAGGGACUUCCUAGAGACAAGGUGCUUGUCGUACCCGGUGACGUAGCAGUGGAAAAGGACGUCGCAGAUGUGGUGCAGAAAACAGCGAGGCACUUCGAAAAAAUUGAUAUCCUCGUGAACAAUGCAGCUAUUCACAUGCGAGGAUCCAUUCAAAGUACCUCAAUCGAAGACUUUAAUACAGUGUGGAGGACGAACUUCCUCGGUCCAUUCUGCUUAAUCAAGAACGCCAUGCCCUACCUGCGUCAAACUAAAGGUAGCAUCGUGAAUAUUUCUAGUAUCAAUGGGUUGACUGCGAGCCAGCGCAGCGUGGCGUACGCUGUCACCAAAGCAGCACUGGACCACCUGACGCGAUGCGCUGCACUAGAGAAUGCCCCGUACGGUGUACGUGUCAACUCAAUCAACCCAGGGUAUAUCAAGACGAUGAUUUCGAGAGCACCUACUGUCUGCGUAGAGGAGCAUAUGGAGAUGAUGGAGAAAACGAAGAGUGUUCUGCAUGCGCUAGGACGAGUGGGCGCACCGGAAGAAGUGGCCCACUGUAUCGCCUUCCUGGCAUCCGAUGGCGCCGCGUUUGUCACGGGGACCACGAUGCCCGUCGAUGGCGGCUUGCUCCUCCUGUCCAGCGUUUCGGAUUCCAAUACCAUGUUCACUAACCAGAAGACUACGUGAGAUGCCAAGAGCGUAGCCUUGCCGUGCUGUCAGAGUACACUGCGGAAACUAAGGAAGCACUGGCAACCAUUUUUCCCAAAGAAAUCCCCUGUAUCUCAAUUAACUCGAUUUUUUUAACUUGCGGGUUUUCGAGGAAGCACUUUUGUUCUGUUUAGGCCCCGUUACAGGAAAGACGGACGAAUACAGCA